AUGUUUGCAAAAAACAAACCUUUACCAGAAUUGGAAUCUCUUAAUUGGUUGAUAGACUUGACAUUUUUGGUGGAUAUUACAGAACACCUGAACACGCUUAACAAAAAUUUGCAAGGACGAAAUAAAGUUGUUACACAAUAUUUCGAAUGCACACAAGCUUUCACCAUGAAGCUAAUGUUAUGGGAGACACAAUUGACAGUGGGAAACACUGAGCAUUUUUCUUGUUUAAAAAGUGUAAUUUCCAUCACAUCGAAUGUUGAUGUGAGUCGCUAUAAAGUGAAAAUAACAGGAUUACUUCAACAGUUUGAGACACGUUUUGAAAUUUUUCGUGAACUUGAAAAGGAAUUUACUGUUUUUCGAUCACCAUUCGCUGCAAAUAUUACACAUCUUGCAGCUAACUUACAAUUGGAAAUUAUUGAUUUGAAAUCUGACUUAGAUCUGAAGAAUAAAUUUACCAUUGUGGGCUUAGACACCUUUUAUAAAUUUCUCUUGCCGAAAUAUAUGGAUUAUCCUGCAGAUACUGACAACUAUUACGAUUUUACUGAGAGACAUUUUUCUUUGCAAACUUUCUUGGAGCUGUCAUCAAAAAAGUUGAUGGCGACUAAGCCAACAAUCACUCCUAUUAUUGCAAGAGGGCCUAAAGAUCGCUAUAUUGCAGAUUUAGUGGAUUUAAGAAGUCUUAUUAAUAAAAAUGUGAAAACUUCUUUGGUUAUCUCCAAACUGUUUACACCCAACUGA